GGUAACCCCUUUCUUGUUUCAUCUAUCUCUUCAUCCACUACAAUCCUCUGAUCCUUCAGAAGGCUAGAAUGGAUCUGUCCCCGAAGCUCUUCGCAGUCGUCGUCCUCCUGCUUCUCUUUGGUUCUACUGAGAUGCAGGGGCCAGUGCGUGUUGCAUUGGCGAGGGAUUGCGAGUCGCAGAGCCACAAGUUUGUGGGCCUCUGCGUGCGCGAUCAGAAUUGCGCAACUGUUUGCCUGACGGAAGGUUUCACCGGAGGCAAGUGCCAUGGCUUCCCAGUCUUCCGACAGCGUUGCUUCUGUACCAAGCCUUGCUAGCUACCUUGCCUCCUGCAUACAUGCCCUGAACAAAAAUAAAAUCUGUAUGCAUCAGUCAAU